AUGCCCUCUGACCUGGCCAAGAAGAAAGCCGCCAAGAAGAAGGAGGCAGCCAAGGCUCGCCAGAGGCCGAAGAAAGACAAUGGAGAGCCCACCUCUGAGGAGCUGGAGCCACAACCAGCCAAUGGCACAGCAGCUGCAGAUGUGGACGAGGUGACUCAGCAGAUGGAGGAGUUUGAACUCCGUAAGGCCGCCGCCCGGGCAGUGACUGGUGUGUUGGCGUCACAUCCGAACAGUACCGACGUUCACGUCAUCAAUCUGUCUCUUACAUUCCAUGGCCAGGAAUUACUGAGUGACACCACUCUAGAACUGAACUCCGGCCGCCGCUACGGUCUCAUCGGACUGAAUGGGACAGGGAAGUCAAUGCUGCUGUCAGCCAUUGGUGGACGAGAGGUGCCGAUACCAGAGCAUAUCGACAUCUAUCACCUGACACGGGAGAUGCCACCCAGUGAGAAGAGCGCUCUGCAGUGUGUGAUGGAGGUGGACUCUGAAAGAACCAUGCUGGAGAAGGAGGCAGAACGCCUAGCACAUGAAGAUGCGGAGUGUGAGAAGCUGCUGGAGAUCUACGAGCGGUUGGAGGAGUUGGAUGCUGCCAAAGCCGAGGUUCGAGCGUCGCGCAUUCUGCAUGGUUUGGGCUUCUCCCCGGCCAUGCAGAGGAAGAAGCUGAAGGAUUUCAGUGGCGGUUGGAGGAUGCGAGUUGCUCUGGCCAGGGCUUUGUUCAUCCGGCCAUUCAUGUUACUUCUGGACGAGCCGACCAAUCACCUGGAUCUGGAGGCGUGUGUGUGGCUGGAGGAGGAGCUGAAGUGCUUCCGGAGGAUUCUGGUUCUCGUUUCCCAUUCACAGGAUUUCCUGAACGGAGUUUGUACAAAUAUCAUCCACCUGCACAACCGCAAACUGAAAUACUACACCGGUAACUAUGACCAGUAUGUGAAGACCCGGCUGGAGUUGGAGGAGAAUCAGAUGAAGAGAUUUUAAUUGGGAGCAGGAUCAGAUCGCACAUAUGAAGAAUUACAUCGCACGGUUCGGUCACGGCAGCGCCAAGUUGGCCCGUCAGGCUCAGAGCAAAGAGAAGACCCUGCAGAAGAUGAUGUCAUCGGGGCUGACGGAGCGCGUGAUCACUGAUAAGACUCUGUCCUUCUUCUUCCCUCCUGCGGGAAGAUUCCCCCUCCAGUCAUCAUGGUGCAGAAUGUCAGCUUCCGCUACACACAGGACGGGCCUCUCAUCUACAAGAACAUAGAGUUUGGAAUAGACCUGGACACCCGUGUGGCCCUUGUAGGACCGAAUGGAGCCGGAAAGUCCACUCUGCUUAAACUGCUGACAGGAGAGUUGCUGCCCUCUGAUGGAAUGAUCCGGAAACAUUCUCAUGUGAAGAUUGGGCGGUAUCACCAGCACCUCACUGAACAGUUGGACCUGGACCUCUCCCCUCUGGAGUACAUGAUGAAGUGUUACCCCGAAAUAAAGGAGAAGGAGGAAAUGAGGAAGAUCAUUGGGCGAUAUGGACUGACGGGGAAGCAGCAGGUGAGUCCAAUCCGGAACCUUUCCGAUGGGCAGAAGUGCCGCGUGUGCUUCGCUUGGCUGGCUUGGCAGAACCCACACAUGCUCUUCCUGGACGAGCCGACCAAUCACCUGGACAUUGAGACCAUCGACGCGCUGGCUGACGCCAUCAAUGAGUUUGAGGGAGGAAUGAUGCUGGUCAGCCAUGACUUCAGGCUCAUUCAGCAGGUGGCUCAGGAGAUCUGGGUGUGUGAGAAGCAGUCGGUUACGAAGUGGAAAGGAGACAUCUUGUCCUACAAGCAGCACCUGAAGUCCCGGCUGAGCGAGGACGAGCCGCAACGAAAGGGCAACUGA